UUGGCGACUGCCUGUGUGUAGAACGGUAGGCUUGUAUGAAGUCGGACGGCUUCUUGUGUUUACUAUGAAGACAUGACUUGAAACACCAAGGAAAAUGUAGUGUGUGGAUUACUUUCAAAGUGUAGAAGAGGAUUUGUACAAUUUCCGUUGUGAAAAUGACUUUUUACAAACAAGAACGGUGAAAAAAUGUACACCGCUUGAUAAUCUCUCGUGCGGUUGUGUACGAUACACAAACUGCUCAGGUGUGUUUGUAUACGAGUCAGGCCAAAGGAGCUGUUAGCAGUUGUGAGACAUGGGUGAACUUAGCGUUGUGUUUGGUGUUACCUCGUCAUAAAUGGUGAGAACUAGAAUGAAGUUACUUACAAUAACUUCGUGUUGUGUUUGAAAUGAGUUGUAUAUUGAAUAAUAACAACAUUGAGGCACGUGAACCGUCUGAAAACGGGCACCUGACAUACAAUUAGACAAGAAUUGAACUACCACAAAUUGGAUUAUAAGGAGAGAAAAUAUUUAAUUUUCAGCAAUCAAAAGUAAUUUUUAUCCAUAAAGCUUUAAAAUUGCUCCUGCCAAAUAAUUUCAACAUUAAGAAAGUUGCCAAUAUUGUGUAUUUAAAAAAGUAUUGGUAUGUACAUGUUCUUAAUUAUGACUUCUAAAUUAAUUGAUGUUCAAUUAUAGUAAAUAUCUAUAACUAUUUCAACAAGAAUGGCAGUAUCGAAGAAGAUGGGGUUGUUUAAAGUUUUCUCCAUUCUGCUACUACCCUUAUUUUGUGGUGCUCAGGAUAGUGAAACAACACAAAGCUUUAUGAUUGAUGAAGAGAAACCUAAUAAUUCUUAUGUCGGGACUUUAGGCGAGGGGCUUGAUGCCACCUUUGGGCCGCCCUAUACAUUAAUGCCUAAUGGAGAUAGUUCUGGUUUGAAAAUUGAUCUUACGAAUGGAAUUAUAACAACAGCCUCAGUUUUGGAUAGAGAAACUAAAUCUGAAUACAACUUCAUUGUCAUGUCCGUGCUGAACGAUAAACUAAUCCAAGCUGAUGUACAGGUACGGGAUAUAAAUGACAACAAACCCAGAUUCAAUGUCAGCAGUAGAAUCGAACUUUCCGAAAGCGCAAAUACUGGUUCUUCAAUCCACAUAGGAAGCGCUAUUGACGACGACACAGGUGAUAACGGCAUUGUUUCAUACGCAAUAACUUCUGGCAAUGAAAAUGGAAAUUUUGAAUUAAAAGGAAAAUUAUCAAAACCGUUUUUAUACCUGGAUCUUGUUAUAAAAAAGCUCCUGGAUUUUGAGAACAUUUCAAAUUAUGCACUAGUUAUUAGUGUCGUUGACGGAGGUCAGAAAACAGGAAGUGUUAUGAUACAAAUUCCAAUUUUAGACGCAAACGACAACCCACCAAAAUUUGAUUUGAGUCGUUAUAGUGCGCAGGUAAGAGAAGAUCAACCUGUUGGCAAAAGUGUCCUGAAGGUUUCAGCAACUGACCAGGAUUCCAUGGAAAACGCAAGGAUAACAUAUACUAUGGACUAUCAGAAAGAUCCUGAAAGGCAUUUUAAUGUUGAACCAACAACCGGUGUUAUUCGUGUUAACAAACCUUUGGACUACGAGAAAACCCCAGCCUUCCAACUUUCUGUUAUAGCCUCUGAUAAUGCUUCGGAACCUUUGAGAGAUACAACAUCGGUCGAAAUUAUUGUAAUUGAUAUUAAUGAACAACCUGCAAAUGUCAAUCUGUUGUUUCUCUCAAAUGAAACCACAGCAGGGCAUAUUCCCGAAAACACCAAUGUAGGUACACCUGUCGCAAGAAUUUCUGUCAGUGAUCCGGACAACCCCAACGUAUAUUACUCUAAUAUCACUGUUACCCUACAAGGUGCAGAUCCUUAUUUUGGAUUGGAAACCAGCAACAAUGUAACCUUCAUCCUUUAUGUCAAAGCCGGACUUGACAGAGAAAGUUAUCCGAAUUUCAAUAUAACCAUUCUUGCAGUAGAUGGUGGAUCGCCACCACUUCAAGCUACAAAAUUCUUUACACUUUGGAUUGACGAUAUAAAUGACCAUGCCCCACAAUUUACGCAAAGUAUUUAUGAAGCUUCAGUGCUGGAACAGGCCCAAGAGGGCUCUUCAGUCAUACAGGUUCAAGCCUCUGACCAAGAUAUCGGUGUUAACAGUCAACUUACAUACGGAAUUAAGUCUCAUCUCAACAAUUCAAACUGGUUCGAAAUCGACCCCUCGUUAGGAAUUGUGAUUGUUCGAGCUCGGGAUACUAUCGACUGCGAAGAGAACCCAAAUCCGUGGAUUAUUAUUACUGCAACAGAUUCAGGAUCACCGCCACGAACAGGAAGUGCAACUGUCAAAAUUACUGUCCUCGACGUAAAUGACAUGCAGCCACAGUUCGCGCACACCUACUAUCAACAAAUAGUACCAGAAAACGUUCAAGUUGGAAGCUGUAUUCUCACGGUGUCAGCAGAUGAUCCGGACUGUAAUGGGAACACCCAGUUGACGUAUCAGCUCUCCAACUCCUCCGUCCAGACAGAUGACAAAUUCAGCCUCGGGGUUUCCUCCGGUGAACUCUGUGUUAAGCGGUCCCUGGACUACGAAACCCAACACAGUUACACCUUCCAAGUUUUUGCUAUUGAUAAUGGUGGUUUGACGGGAGACACAAGGGUUCAGAUUACAGUUACUGACAUCAACGACAAUCGUCCCGAGUUUUACCCACGUAACUACAGUCAGAAUCUUGACUUCAUUGAGGCCACCAAUCCAAGCAAGGACAUUGUGACAGUGGUGGCUCAUGACAUCGACAGUGGCAACUAUGGCCGCGUGUUCUACCGCAUCAUUGCCGGCUCUCAGGGCGGAGCUUUCACCAUCAAUGCUCAGAGUGGUCUUAUCUCGCUGUCGGCCAGUCUACCGCAAGAGGAGAAGGUUUACGUGGUGGAGGUGCAAGCAUACGAUGGUGGCGGUCUCACCUCGCUCCACGCUGCUACAGUCCAUAUCAGUGUCAUGGGUAGUGGCUCUCCACGCCCCUCAUUUGAACGUGCAACCUACAGCUUCUCCGUACCUGAGAAAGCUGCCCAAUCAAAAUUGGUAGGACAAGUGUUGGCGACAGUCACCCCCAACAGUGGACAAGCCAUCCAUUACUCCAUCACCUCUGGUGAUGUGGACAACCACUUCUACAUCGAUCGGCUGUCGGGCAAAAUCUUCACCAACAACGACCGACUGGACCACGAACAAACUCCAAACUUCCUCAUCAUAGUAAUGGCAGAGACUGAUAGCCCGCCUGUAUUUGGUAAAACACAGGUGAAUAUAUCGGUGGAGGACAUUAACGAUAAUGCUCCGCAGUUCUACACCCAAGAUGUAGACAUCCACGUCUGGGAGGAUGAGGACAUGGCUGAGGUCCUCUACAAGGUCAUCGCCACAGACAGGGAUAGCGGACAGAACGGCACGGUGCGCUACAGUCUUGUCGAGAACCGUGACUCAACAUUUGUCAUUGACCAAGUCGGUGGGGAAAUUCGGCUACAGAAGUCACUGGAUUACGAAGAUAUCAAAUCCUACACUUUGGUCGUCGGGGCACAUGACAUGGGUGUUCCACCCCUAAGCACAAAUAUGACUCUGAAUGUGCACGUAACAAAUAAAAAUGACAACCCUCCAACCUUUUUGAAGACAUUCUACGAGGUGAAUGUCGUAGAAAAUCUGUCACUGAGUGCAACCUUCUUAGAAGUACAGGCAAGUGAUCGAGACAUGGAUCAGAUUUCGUACUCUCUUCAGGAAGUGAGCAACAUUUUCGGGAUUUGGCCAAACAAUGGACACAUGUAUUUGAAAAUGCCGUUGGAUCGGGAGGUGCAGCAUCUGUACCAGCUGUUUGUAAUUGCCAAAGACAAUGGAAAGCCAACACAGCUGUCUGCAACAGCUACUGUGCGAAUUCUUGUCACGGAUGCUAAUGACAACAACCCAGAGUUUUCCGACAACAUAUAUAUUUUCCCCGUGUCUGAGGAUAUUGCGGCCAGGACUGUUGUUGGAUCAGUAACAGCGACGGAUCAGGACAUUGGAGACAACGCAAAGUUAGAGUAUGCCUUUGUUGAUCACCAAGACCAUUUCAUCAUCAAUACGUACAAUGGUGAAAUAAGCACAUCCGUGGCUCUGGACCGAGAGGCGAAGAGCACAUACACAAUAACCGUGACAGUACGAGAUUUCGGAGUUCCGUCCCUCAGUGAUACUACCAUGGUUAAGAUUGUGUUACUAGACAUCAAUGACAACACUCCUCAGUUUGCGUCCGGUCACAUGGGUACAGUGAUGGAGAACAAGGCCAAGGGCACCAACGUUCUUCAAGUCCACGCAGUUGAUCCAGACAAUGAGGAGAAUGGCACGGUUUCCUACUUUUUCAAUGAACAAGGUUCCAAUGCUGUAUCUUUGACACAUUUUGAACUGGAUCCAAAAUCAGGAUGGAUAACAACUGCAGAAGUGUUGGACUAUGAAAAAAGCACAGAAUACCACCUGGUUGUGGUGGCAAUGGACUACGGAACACCGCAAAUGUCCUCGUCAGCCACCAUCACAGUCAGUGUCCUUGAUGAUAUCAACGAAGGUGACAUCAACGAGGACAAAAACUUGACCAUAGACCUGGUAGAAAACACCCCAGUUGGUUCCAUUGUCGGCAGAAUCAGGCUGCACCAGACGGAUAACUCUAAAGUUUCCUACUUUAUAUUUGCCGGAAAUGAUUUCGAUUUAUUUUCAGUAAAUAAAACCAACGGAGAUAUAUAUUGUAUUAGGGAUAUUGAUUACGAAGUAUCGUCAUGGCACACAAUCGGAGUCCAUGCCAUUGACGCAAGUCUUGUUUUCCCACAAACAAGCACAAUCAAAGUUAAUAUCAAUGUUCUAGAUGAGAAUGACAAUCCGCCAUUGUUUGAGAAAGACCCAGUCAUGUUGAAAAAACCUGAAAACCAGCAAAUCGGACAGAUUGUGUAUAUUUUCUCGGCAACAGAUCGUGAUUCUGGUGUAAACGGCUCUAUCACCUACUCCAUACAGAAGCAAGAACCAGAAUUUGACUUUUUCAGUUUAGAUGCUGUAUCUGGAGCUUUGAGAAUUAAAUCUGUGAUUGAUUACGAACAGACAAAGAACAUAGCACUGUUAGUACGUGCGGAGGACAACUCCCCUUUUGCCACUGACCGCCUUCACUCGACUGUUGUAGUCCUCGUCUCCAUUGAAGACGAAAACGACAAUAGGCCUGUGUUCAAGAGUUACUCCCCCUUGCAUGUGUUGGAGAAUGUGCCCAUAGGUUAUGCCAUUGUUAAGCUUUUCGCUGUGGAUUUAGAUGACAAUGUUGAUAACAGCGGUAAUGGUGUUGUAUCAUACAAGAUCGUAGAUGGAAAUGAUGGCUCCAAAUUCGCUCUGGACUCGCACACAGGGAUGUUGUCGGUCAGUCAUGAGCUGGAUAGAGAGUCUAAGGAGAGUUACACACUGAACGUAAGUGCAACAGACCGGGGUAUGCCUCAACAUGUGACCUACCUAACACUCAACAUCGUGGUGGGCAACGUAAACGACAACCCGCCCACUUUCUUCUCCAAGAGUGUGUACACAGUCGAGAUCAGCGAGAACAACAGUCAAGGCGACUUCCUCAUGGCCUUGACCGCCACCGAUUCUGAUCAAGGCGAUAACCAGCAGAUAACAUACAUGCUGCCGCCAGGAACAGCCGGGGGAAAGUUUGCUAUCGACUCAAAUACAGGUGCCCUCACUGUGACAGCUGUUCUGGACAGGGAGGAACAGAGCUCCUAUGAAUUCACAGCUUUUGUUUUUGACAAUGGCAACCCUAUGCUGUAUGACACUGCCAAAGUGAUCGUGAAGGUGACGGACGUCAAUGAUCAUGCACCAGUGUUCCAACAGAGCAUUAUAGAGCUGAGGAUACCAGAGAACAUUGACCUUAUGGCAUUUUAUACAGUCAGGGCACAGGAUCUGGACCAGGGCAACAACGGAGAGGUUUCCUACUCUAUCACAGAUGGUAACAUUGGUAAUCACUUCAGCAUUGACCGUGUCACUGGUCAGUUGUCCUGUACCUACCUUGACAGAGAGGACAGGCCCAGUUACAACCUAACCAUCCAGGCUCAGGAUGGUGGAUUCCAAACCACGACCAUGGUCAUCCACAUAAUCGUACUGGACGAGAAUGACAACGCACCAACAUUUAUCCAGGACAAGUACACAAAACGAAUGAGCGAAGAUGUCCAAAUCGGAACGAUGGUCAGGUUGGUGUCAGCUACUGAUAGAGAUGAGAAUGGAAACGGCCGAAUCACAUACUCAUUGGGAAAUGACACAGACGGCAUGUUCAAGGUUGACAGCGUGACAGGAAACAUCACAACCACCAGGCAUUUUGAUCGUGAGAAAAAGUCAAAGUACAUCUUCAAGUUGGUGGCCGAGGACAACAGCCAGUACAACAGGAAGAGCACAACUGCUACAGUAGAAGUCACCAUCGACAAUGUCAACGACAACUCGCCAAUCUUCCAGAACGUCCCAUACAUCGAGACUGUAAACGAUAGUGCGUCAUCAAACACAUUUAUCGUCAGAGUGACAGCUGUUGACCUUGACCUUGAUCAGAUAAACUACAGCCUCAGUAACACAUCCGGAGAUCGUUCCUUACGAUAUUUCAGGAUAGAAGACAACAACGGUGAUAUUUACACUCGUCAAUUUACAUCCGAGGCAAAGGGCUAUCACUAUCUGCAUGUGAUUGCCAAAGACUUGGGAUCGCCGUCUAGAACGACAACAACUGUUGUACAGAUCAAGGUGGGCACAGACAUACACGAACAUCUCCAGUUUACAGAACGAACUUACUACGCACAGGUAGCCGAAAACUCUGACCCCGGAACCCAGGUAGCCAAGGUAACCGCACAGGUCAUGGAGGGUACAGCACAGGGGAACACACAAUAUACCUUUCUGGAAGGAAACAGUGACAACAUAUUCUCCAUAUCUGGCUCAGGUGACAUCACUGUCAUCAAUAAUGAGAAAUUGGAUUACGAGACUUACGACAAAGUCCAGCUGCUUGUGUCCGCAAAGAAUGGCGGUCUUCCUGCAUACACCUUGGUGGAGGUCAAUAUCCAGGACACCAACGACAACGCUCCUUUGUUUGCACAAGACCCCUACUACACCUUCAUCAGGGAAGAUGUUCUUAUAGGAACCACAGUGUCUCAGGUUAUAGCUACGGAUCUGGACAGCACGGUGAACGGAAUGAUAUCCUACAGUAUCCUACAGCCAAAUGACCAGGACCUAGUGUUUGUCAUUGACGACAGUGGACACAUCACGACCCAUCUCCCACUCGACUUUGAGAUCGUCCAACAGUAUCGCCUGCAAAUUGAGGCUGUUGACAAAGGCCAGUCCACACUGACAGGAACAUGUAUUGUGACAAUUAAUGUGGUGGACAUUAACGACCAAUACCCGAAGUUUCCACCUCCACGCCAGGAAAAUGUCACUGAAACAACCCCGGUUGGAUCUCAGAUCAUGAAGGUGACUGCCAAUGACCAGGACACUUUCCCACCACUUCUCUAUGACUUCGACAACAAUGGUAACCAAGAUGGCCGCUUCGCUAUAAACAAAUUCACUGGCGAGAUCAUCCUCGCCAAACCGGUGGACCACGAAGGAACAAAUCAUUACAGAGUAGCACUGAAGGUUACUGAUGGAAAUAAAACAGCUACAACUGUUCGAGAUCUGUACAUCAUGGAUGUCAACGACAAUUCCCCCAUGUUUGUUCAAUCAAGUUACCAGGCUUCUGUAAAGGAGAGAACCGUGGCAAACACACUGGUGCUGAGUGUAACGGCCAGUGAUUAUGACAGUGGAUUGAAUGGCGAGAUCGUCUACAGCAUUGAGACAGACACGGACAAUGGCUUCACUAUUAACCCAUCCACUGGUGCCAUAACAACCACCAGGGAAGUCCAGUUCGACCCUGACCAGCAGACAAUGCAGCUCACCGUGAUGGCAAAAGACAGAGGUCAACCAGUUCAUUCAACAGCCACAUUUGUCCAUCUCCUUAUAGAGCCUGUAAACAACAACGCUCCUCGAUUCUCUUCCUCUAGUAGCUCUAUCAAUGUGAUGGAGAACUCCCAGAUUGGUACAUCUAUUGCCCAACUCAUUGCCACAGACACCGACGCCUACCAGACCAUCAGCUACUCCAUACGCUCGGGCAACGACAACAAUGCGUUCUACAUAAGCCAUUUAUCUGGUGAGAUCUUUGUUAAUGGAAAGAUUGACAGAGAGGUUAAAGCAGAGUAUGACCUUGACAUUGUGGCGGAGGACAACGUAACACCAGUUAUGAGAGGAUCAAUCCUGCUGCAUGUGACGAUAGAGGAUGUAAAUGACAUGGAGCCUCAAUUUGGACAGACCAAUUACACUGUGUCGUCAUUGCUUGAGACCUACCCGCCAGGCACCAGCUUCUUACAGAUGCUGGCUAGUGAUGGUGACCUUGGAAACCAUGCUCGCUUACAAUACAACAUUAUCUCAGGAAAUGACGCCGAUAUAUUUGAAAUAAAUAGCUCCACAGGAGAGUUGAAAAUUGCCGCAUCUAAAAGUUUGGAUUACGAACGUCACACUAGUCACCGACUAGUUGUUCAAGCAACAGACUGCAUGGACUGUAGCGUAGAUGUUCCUAGGUUGUCUGGAAUGACAGUAGUGAUUGUUGAUGUUUUAGAUGUCAACGAUCACUUUCCCGAGUUUCCUGUUCCAUUUUACUACACAGUGUUUAAUGAGGAGCAGGCGGUCAAGACACAAGUCUUCCAAGCCGUAGCAACCGAUGGAGACGCAGGUAAAUAUGGAGAGCUUUCUUACUCCAUCAGUGACGACAGAUUCUUCAGGAUUGAUCCCCUAACUGGAUGGGUGUACCCAAAAAUUGUCUUCAACAUGGAAAACCUGCCUUCAAAUUUAAAUGAUGUUCGUGGUAGCUUUUCCUUUAUGGUUACUGUCAGUGAUGGAAGAAAUGCUUCUGUAGGGGCAAGGGUCGUCAUUGGCGAUGUCGAUGAAUUCCCUCCGCAGUUUUCCAAAACUGAUUAUGAUUUUACUGUGAAGGGUAACGCAGGCGUUGGAACUGAAGUUGGACAAGUGUCAACCAAUGAUAAUGACCAAGGCUCGGCUGGAAUUCUCUACUACUUUUUGAAUCGUCACAACGAUUUUUUCGAUGUCAACAUCACCUCUGGAAUGAUUUAUGUUAAACUGGGAUUCAACUCAAACCCAGGAAAUCGCCGUCGCAGAGAUGCUAACCACUCGCGUCACAAAAGAUCCUUAAAUGAUGCCGAUAAAACGCUCAUUGUUGAAGUAAAAUCAGCUGUUGCAAACUCGCGCUCAAAAAGUACGGUUGUGACUAUAGAUGUGGACGAAUCAUGUCCAGGAUGUAGAAUUAUACUUGAACCUGUUGUAGAAACACAAGGCUUUGGAGGAACACCUAUGAUAAUUGUGAUAGUCUUCGCGGUUGUAUUGGUCAUUCUCGUUAUUGUUGUUGUGGUGAUAUUUGUCCGGUACAAGAAGAAAAGUAAGAAACCAGUGGCACAGGUUUACGAUGCUGCAGAUUUCAACGCAUUCGAUUUCUCACCAAGUUCAGCUCAAACGGGAAUUACUUACAGUGAGCCUCCAAGCUACAGUCGUUCUAAUUCUAAUAAUGUCACCUCGGAGAUUUCGGAGCAUUCCCAUCAUUCUGUGUCCAGUGGACGAGGGUCAGUUGAAGCGGAAGAUGACGAGGAGAUCUGUAUGAUAAACGCUCUACAGUCUGAUCUGAAUCAGUCAAGCGGCUUCAGAAGUAAAAACAUGCCCGACUCAGGGAUACAGGAUGAUGACACUACUUCCGAACCUUCAGUUCAAAAUUCUAAAGACUAUUUAGCCAGACUUGGCAUAGACUCUUCGCAGAUACCAACGAAAAAUAAAAAUACCUCGUUUUCAGAGGAGUCUUUACCGCCAUUUUCUGAGGAAGACGGUGGGUUAGAUACAGUGGACGAUCCACUUGAAAUAGACUAUAAUAGGCUGGGGCCUGUGGAAAAUGACGCGGGACCCGGCAUCAGUGUGAUCAGCGGUAACCAUCACAGUCACCCGCAUGACCUCGGCUUCCACGAGCCGGAGCACUACGCUCAGCCGGGCUCUAUGUCAAGUGUGAUAAACAGUGAGGAGGAAUACAGUGGCUCCUACAACUGGGACUAUUUGCUGGACUGGGGGCCACAAUAUCAACCCCUUGCUCACGUGUUUUCAGAGAUUGCUCGUCUCAAGGACGACACAAUCCAGCCUAAAAAAAGGCCAAUACAGACAGUGCCACAGACUAAUAGUGUCAGCUCAUUAAAACCUCAGGUGAAAAUGAUUCCCCCUCCCAUGAUUACGAACGCUCCCCCGCAGGCAAUGUCACAGCCUGCCAAUAGUAGAUCUAGUCAGAGUAGCGGAGGAAGCAGCUCGUAUAAACCUCCGCGUACAUUAGCCAACAGUAACAAUAUCAAAAACAAUGUCUCGCUCCCUAGCAAUGCACGUUCACCCAUCACAUAUGACGGGGGCUUUAACCCUCCUCUCACGCCAUCGUUCACACCGUCUUUGUUACCACUGGCGACGGGAGCACCAGGCACAUCCAGUCAUAAUGGACACAAUAUACCUAGCAGACACCAAAUGGGUGUCCCUGCUGGACAUCAGCUGGUUAUCUCCCCUCCUCACGAGUGUGAACAGGAGCUACGGAUUUAGGGAGAUGGCCAAUUUUGAUUGAGACUUCACAAUAGUUUAUAAAUACUGAUGUAGGUCGGAGUUUAUAGGUUAAGUGAUUCUAGUUGGUCAUGUGACAUGAACAAUGAUACAAGUGGUGUUGUCUUCCAUAAGAAUCAGUCGGAGAGAGAACCCUGAACGAUUGACAGACAUUUAUUCAGGGAGAUAUUUUUAUCAGAACAUUUUUUGUAUGGAGGUAUGAAAUAUCUCCAGUUUUGUAAUUCAAAAUGCAUUAGCAACAAACAAAUACAGCUGUGAUAUGAUUUUAAUGCAUUUUUAUAGACUAUGAUUUUUGUUUUAUCUGUAGAAUUGGACAUAUUCAAAUUUUGUGGGCCACCUGCAAAAUUUGAAUAAAACUGAAGGUCCAUUAAUUGUUAUCAAAAGGGACGCAGAUGUUGAAUGUUCGCAAUUUGUACAAGACCUCCCAGUUAUCUUAAAUUCAUAAAUAUAAAAAAAGCAUCUUCUGUCUGCAAAAACAAAAUGUGAUGGAUUAACACUAUCACAUUUCUUUUUCACUGUUUUCCCACAAUUAAGCCUGUACAAGUCAAUUAAAGUGUGAGAUGUUCGGACAUCCAAAACCCGAACAUCAUAUACAAAAAGUUUGCUUCACAUGACAUUAAAGGUGAACAACGACCAAAUGCUAAAAACUAGAUGGCAUGGAUAUUAUGUUUUAUACAGUGUAUAGAGAGAUAUAAAGUCUUAAGAAAACAGGAUAUUAACAGAAUUAAGUGGAAUCCAAUUUUUAAGAAGUUAAUUAUGCUGUUACCUCAAUCAAUUAAUUUCUCUUAAUUGUACUAGCUUAAUACAACUAAGUAUAUAUGCAGGUCAAU